AUGAGGGAAGGAAUCACAAGGAUUUUGCGUUUCAUGUCUGGAAUGAAGCAGUUCAGAGCUGAGAUAAGCACUCAAAAACAAUUGAAAGAGGUAUAUACACAGAAUCGGGCAGUUCGUCGCUGUGCCAUGAUCUGGAAGGAGAAAGUGUUUAGGAAGCGACUGCAGAAUUCUGUUCAGAAAAAGAAAGUGACUUUCCAGCUGCCAUUUCGUGAUGUAUGUGGAACGGAGGUCUGCUCCCCUCCUUCAAAGAUUUCCUUCCCAUAUCCUACAGGCAGAGGCAAUGCUACUUUCUUAUCUAGUGGGCAACCCACCCUGAGCACAAUAAGCAUGGUGAGGUCAGAGCGCCUAAAGCCUCGCACUCCAGACUUCUUGUUGCACUCUUUGGAAAAAGAAGGGGUUCUCGCUGCCAUGUUCAUAGAUUCCAAAAACCUAGACCUCAGUUCUCAAAUUGAUCCCAGUGCCAAGGACAAUUCAAAGAAUUAUUCAUCAAAUCGAGCUUUAGAUUCAGAUGAUGAAAUUCAGCUAGAACUGAAGUCAACAAGUUCUGCUCAUGAAGCACCGGAAACUGAAUGUGUAAUUAUUCCUCCCACUGAUUGUCCUCGAGCACCUCCAUGGCUUUCUGGUGGUCGUUUAUCAACUGCACCUCAGACCUGCUCGCUGCUGCAGGUGCCGAUGGCAAUGCCAGGACUGAUGCCUCCUUCUUCGUUCAAGCCCCGGGUCCAAACACAGAGCACAGCCAUACCAAAACUGGCAGAGAAGCCAGAGAUUGGGAAGCAGCCCCACUUAAAGCCUGUUUCAGACUACUCUGGCCAGCUUCUAUCACCAACUGAUUUCCUUCUGGGCAAAGGGAUAACACCACAUGUUACCAAUACAGUAAAGGAGACCACUGUUCAAGAAGAAGAGUCAAACCUUUUUCUAAAAGCAGAGGAAAUACAGAUUGCUGCCCUUCAACAGGAACUUGCUGAUAUUUACUACAAUAUGCAGAGAUGCCAGGAACAGAAAGAGGAAUUGAAAGCCUGGCGGAGGCAUGCCCAUGUGUUAAGUAGAUGGUUGGAAUCUGGUGCCCCUGGGGAAGAUUCUGCAGAACAAGAAAUUGCUAAGGAAGUUCAGAAUGAACUACAGCAGCUGGAACAACAAAUAGAGGAGCGUGUACAGAAACUAAAUGUGGAGAAGACUAAAGUGCACAAUUAUAUUGCCCGUAUUGAGGAGAUUACUGCAUCGCUGGAUGCCUUUUCUUUGCCUAGGUUGUAA